ACAAAGUUCCAAAUCCGAAAUGUUGAAAAUGUGAAGAAUUGUAAGAACAGUUUUGGCUAUUCUCCUAUCAAACAAAUUUGGUUUUAUCAUUAAUGCCUAAUCUUAAUUGCAAAUAAUUUCUGAAAGCUCUAAUGCUGUUAUAGUGAAAUGAUCAAGAAAGAGUACCAAGAAUCAUGUCUUAAUUGGGAAGAAGAUUGCGAAUAUUAUAAAGAAAUCAUCCAAGACCUGAAAGAAUCUAUCAAUUUACUGCUUAACGAGUACCUCAAACCCAAAGAAACAAAAAUUUCAUUUACUAAGUUCUACAACAAAAUAACAGAUCUCAGAAAGGAAAAGUGUUCCCUAAAAUAAGGCAUACCUAAUUGAGAAGCAUAAAUUUUACAGUCUGAGUAAAGCCAUAGAUUCUCUUUCAAAAUCGUUAGAACAUUACAAGAAAGACUGAAACAAAUCAGAGAAAGGAAUGCUAUUUAAAUCAAAUACGCAAUUGAAGCAAACAAUUAAUGACCUUACUGAAGAAAUUGAAUCUCUCAGCUUAGAAAAUCAACAACUAAUUGAGGAUCUGGAGGCUAGAGAUUUUUAUGCUCAAUAUAAUAAAGUAAAGGAAGAAUUAGAUAGACUAAAACAAGAACAAGAGAUUCUUAUAGAUAUUAGGUUUGAAGACUGCCAAACUGUUAAGAAGGUAAAUAUACCAACCCUUUCAGUUCCUUUAAUCAAGGAGCCCAUAACAGACAUAAGUGCAGUUGAUGGCAAGAAUGAUGUCUUGCUUGAUGAUGUGAAUACAAUUAAAAUGCCUUUAUCCUCAAGAAAACCAAACAUUGAAGGAAAUUUUCUAUCAAAAGAUAAAGCUAUACCUCUAACUAAAAUUGAUAUAAUGGAGACAAGAGGUCUUUACACAAUAUACCCUAAUAGAUCACAAGCAUCCUCUUCUUGUGGAAGAAAGAAGAAAAGUGUUAAAAUUACUCAGAAAUAACAUUCAAGAUGAUACAGAAGAGAUUAUUAGAGAGUCUUUACUUGAUAUACAGUUUAACCUAGAUAAAGAAAGUCAAGAUCCAGCUCUGGUAAAUUCUAAAACAAUGGCUCAUCAAUACCGAAAUGCCUACUCGCCAAGUUUAAAAAUAAAAGAGCUGAAUGAUUCAUACGGUGCUUUGACAAAACCCAGUGUUAGGAAAAACUUUAUGAAAGCUAAUCUUGGAAACAAACCUAAGACUCAGACCAAGAAGAAUUUGAAAAAGAUGAAGAGGAGUGUUGAAGUUCCAGCCCAAAGAUUUAAGAGUCACACCUAUAAUAAUUUUGAGGAAGACAAAGAACAGGAUUCCUCUCAAAAUAAGAUAUCUUACACUAAAAAUUCGACAUCUAAAGACUCAUCUAGAAAACUAUCUAAAAUAAAAGAGAGGAGAAAAGACUCUUAUAGAGCUUAUGCCAAAGCUUUUAAAAAUAAGAGGGCAGUUAAGGGAGCGAAGAAUACCAAUAAGCAUAAGAAAGCUACUAACUGGAGCCCAAGAAAAGGGAACUACAAACCCACCCAUAACAGAAACAAAUCCAAUAAAGAAGUUCUCAGUUCAUUGUCUGAUUUGGAAUAUGAUCAAGUUGUAAUAGAGGAAGACUAUACUCUAAGACAUAAAAAGUAAUAUAAUGCUAAAUCUGACCUCUUCAUCCCAAAUUCUGAACCAUAUUGCUCGUUAAAUUUCAACUAUA